CGGCCAAGUAAACAGAUCUAACAUCACUCAAUCUCGUCGUUGCAGCCUUGGAACAAGCUUUUUAUGUUGUGAUGGAUCGCAGCAGAUCGCCGGACAGACCUGGAAGGGAGAAGAAACUGGAGAAAAAGAGGAAGAGGGCACGAUCGUCCUCUUCUUCCUCCUCCUCUUCAUCGUCUUCCUCCUCCAGCAGCAGGAGUCGGAGCAGAUCAUCCCGAAAGAAAACUUCACACAGGAGCAGUCGAGAUGAGAAAACACAAAAAAAGAAGCACAGGAGACGCUCCUCUUCCUCAUCAUCUUCCUCUUCUUCAUCAUCUGCCUCCUCGUCCUCUUCCUCAUCUUCAUCGUCAUCCGGUGACGAGAAGGCGAAGAAGAAGAAAAGCAAAGGCAAGAAAAAGAAGCUGAAGAAGAGCAAGGCGAAGCUGAAGAAGCAGAGGAAGAAAGAGAAGAAGAUGAAGAAGAAGUUAAAGAAGAAGGAGAAGAAGGAGCAGAAGAAAAAGAAGCAAUCUGAAGCUCUGCCGUGCACGAGCCCGGUGGAGAAACCAGUGUCUUUUCUGGAGGUGUGGCAGAGCGAGGAGGGGGCGGUGGAGCUGGGGCCAGUUAUGACAGAUGAGCAGAAGGCUCGGCUCUCUACGAAGAGACCUCUCACCAAGGAGGAGUACGACGCCCGGCAGAGCGUGAUCCGCAGGGUGGUGGAUCCCGAAACGGGACGCACCAGACUGGUGCGAGGCGAGGGGGAGAUCAUUGAGGAAAUCGUCAGCCGAGAGAAACACAAAGACAUCAACAAGCAAGCCACUAAAGGAGACGGAAAUGCCUUCCAGAGAAAACUGGGCAUCAACAGAUAGAGAAUCUCUUCUUCACGGCAUCAUUUCUUCAUUAAGAUCUUCUCAGGCCGGCUCAAACUGCGAAAAACAUCCCUAACGUCGAUAAAAAUGUGCUGUCUUAGUGAAACCAGAGGUUGCAUUGACUGAGGGUGGAAUUAAGAUCCACUCUGCUGGUCAAAACUUUAGCGCAGCCUCUGGACGGCACCACUGUGGUCCGAAUGUACCAACAGGGGUUUUUAGGUUCGAGUUGAUCGCAAACGAGAGGGAAAUGAGAAAAAUUUCAAUGUGUUCAGUUAAAGCGUGACGGGAGCAGCAUGACGACAUCUGCUGCAAUAUGCACAUGAAAAUCAGUGUUUACAUUGAUUCAUGCAUUGUUACUGUCAAUUUUUGUAAGGAGAUUUCAGAGUGUUGGUGGAACCUGAAGAACUUUGGUUCGUCAAACGUGUGUUUCAUAAUGUUUACUUCACUGAAAACAAAGACUGAGUCUGACUGUGUGCUCCCUGCAUUCAGUUCUCCCACUUAUAGAUGUUAUUAAAAUAAAGUCUCUCUUCAUUGCCAAUGUAUUUGUCAUUGUCCAUUUCCUGAAGAUGUUUGUUUCCUUGUGAAUCCUUCUCAGUUGCUGUUCCUCGAGUGCGGAAAGAAAAAAGUUCAACAUCACCCAGUUGUUCUUUAUAUGUUCUUUAUACACUGUACAUAAAAACACAAGGGAAUGGAUAAAAUGAACUUAUCCAAAACCUACAAGAUACACACCCUGUACAGUUAAAAUAUUUUCCAAGCAUGAUUUACCAUUUGAUGUUUUAUGUACACAGCUUGUGAAUGCUCACACGGUGGCGGCAUUGCAUUAACCCGGGGGGGGGGGGGGGGAACUGAUGAGAUAUUCUU